CGAUCGCAUCGAUCCGCCUGGCUCCUCAGCUAACAUUCAUCUCAUACAAUACCUUUUGGCCAUGGCGCUUCGAUCCCCCCUCCGUUUCCUCGACUUCUCUAGCAGGGACCCCGGAGACCUCAAAGGCGGUGACGAUACCAGCGACUCCACCAAUGAUGCAGGUGCUAGCAACGGUGGUGGCUCCGGUGGCGGAGGAGAAACAAGUAAUACGCUGGGUCUGACGGGCGUGGGCAAAUGGCAGAGCUACGGCGAUGGCUCCAACGGCGAUUGA